AUGUUGGCAGCAUCAGAUUUCAUCAGAACAUACGAAUGUCCGAUAAUUGAACUAUGCGCCCAACAAAUUCAGGACUUAAUUAAAACAAGAAUUUUGAAAGGAAAAUUUUAUAGCGUUAUAUUUGAUGAAACAACGGAUACCAGUCAUAGUUCUCAAAUAACAGUCAUAUUAAGAUAUAUUGAUGUUAAUACCUGUGAAAUCCGUGAAGAUUUCAUUGGUUUUGUGAACUGCCAUACUGAAAAUUAUUCUAAUUUUACUUAUGAACCUGUACUAACAGGAGAAUUGCUAGCAAACACAGUUGCAAACACAUUGACAAAAUUUGGCUUCAAUUUAAAAGAUUGUAUUGGUAUAGGUACUGAUGGAUGCAGCCUUAUGUUAAGUGAAAACAACGGAGCUGUCACAAAAUUACAGAAGAUCCUACCAAACGCAAUAAAAAGUCCAUGUUACAAUCAUGCUUUAAACUUAUCAGUUUCUAAAUGUUCGUCUGUGCGAGCUGUAAAAAAUACAAGUGACACAAUGAAAGAAGUAAUAUCAUUUUUUAAAGGUUCGCCGAAGCGAAGUAACGUUCUUAAAUAUACAAAUAAGGGAAUGCUUACAAGCUUAUGCGAAAUAAGAUGGAUUGAACGGGAUUCUUCAACAAAGGCUACAUUACUAAAAAAUGCAACAUCAGAGCCCUUAUUUGUAAUAAAACUUUGUUCAUUAGCUAAUGUGUUAAAUACCACAGUCUCUUUAAGUAAAGCUCUUCAAAAAAAAUUAUUGAAUAAGGAAUAUGCAAAAACUAUUCUUAAACAUAUCAUAAAGAUAUUAAAUAAAAGACGACAGAAAGAAGAAAACUUGAACUCUAUAUUUAUGACUGCAUCAAAGUUAAUAGAAGGUAUAGGUUUAAAAAUCAAGAUUCCACGAAUUACAUGA